AUGACUACCCUUGUACGAGCUCGAAAUCCCCUAGAAUCGUUGAGAAUGAACCAACAACCUGCGGGAAGAAGAAGGAGUAAACGAUUAGCUGGAUAUGAGGAGGAAGAUGGAGAUUUUCAAUUCACGCGUAUAUCAAAAAAGGCCAAGACCACGGCAUCCGUACCGGAUCCAAUACCGGAGGCAGUACAGCCUGUAACAACGACGGUACCUAGGAGGACUAAGAAGGUAGUUCAUGAGCGCGAAACCCAUGGUGUUACAUCGGCGUCAUCGCCGCCUGUUAAGAAAACGAGAGGUGCACCGAAAACCAACUUAUCUACGCCGAAAGAAUCGAGGGUAGAGAAGGUGCAGAAACCCAGGAGUGAAGUCGAACCGAAACGAGGGACUAGGAAAAGUCAGAGGAGGAGUAGUUUAGGUAUGCGUGGGAGGAGGGCAAGUUCACUCAUUGAUAGUGGGUACAGUGCGAUACCCCAUAAAGAGGUCGAGACCUCGCAAUUUUAUAAGCAUAUUGAGGAUGGGUUACCUGAACCGAGGAGGAUGAAACAACUUUUGACAUGGACGGGCGAAAGAGCUUUACCGGAAAAACCCGCGCAUGGCGAUCCGGAUAGUGGUGCGAAAUUGGCAGCGAGGGCAAUAUCGGAAGCUCUUCUCAAAGAUUUUGGUACCAAUUCUACCUUUUCGAACUGGUUCGAUCGGGAAGAAAAACAGCCAACCAGGAUAACGAAAGUGGUCAAAAAGCCCAAUCCUAAAAACAUCGAGGCUGAAGAAAACAUACAAGCGUUAGAAGCUCGAGUAAAACAACUAGAAAUAGAAAAAGCGCAAUGGAUAUCCUUCAAAAAGCCUCCAGCGCCACUUCCACCACUCUUUCCCAAUACAGAUGCAGAUACAAAUCCCCUCUCACCUUCUCAAAUAGAUGCUACACUUCUCGACCCCGAACAAUCUGACAUUCUCUCUCUAAUAAACUCCUCACCAUCUUUAUCUUUACGCGAAAAUGUCUCGGAAAGAUUAAAAACCAUCCAUCAAGAAAUUGAAGGAAAAGUGGAUCGCUUUGUAGACGGAAUUCAUAAAAUUGAAAGAUAUGGGGAAACAGUAGGAAGAGUGGCAGAUAAGAUAUUGGCGUUAAGUGCAGUGAGGCUGGAUGAAAGGGAGAGAAGGGAGAGGGAAUUAGUAGGGACGAGGGAUGUGCCAAUGGUGGAGGUACUGAGGAGUUUAAGUAGGAUUUUACCCGAGGGAAGUGCGAGGUAG